CGUGUCUGUUAGACUAUAUUAGGACCCGCUGUCAGCUGUAGGGAGCGUUGUCUGGGUUUGUAUCUGAUGCUCGAGGACGUAAAGAGAAAAAGACAUUUGAGGACAAAUACAUCACCUGUAAAGGAGAUCAUUAAAAAGAGGAUAUUAUGGAGCUCAUCAUCAAAGUCCUGAGUGGGGAAACAAAGACCGUACAAGUGAAUCCAGGUGACACGAUUGGUGCACUCAAGCAAAAAGUCGCCCAAAUCUUUAAUGCAAGACCUUCACGGCUGAAGCUUUCUGUCACCAAUGGGUGUGUCGUGCAGCUGGACAAUGACCAGGAGACUGUGAGCAGUUAUGGUCUGAGUUCAGGGGCCACGGUGAUGCUGCUGAUCUCCAUGACUCCCGUGCCGCUUCAGGUGUUUGUGAAGAAUGAGAAGGGACAGAUGAAGACAUAUGACAUCACUGACGAUGAAACUGUUGAUCAGUUGAUGAAAAAGGUACGCCAAAAUGGAGGAGCACCAGAGGACCAGCAGCGGCUGAUCUACAGCGGUCGACAGCUUGAAUCUGGCAGGAAGCUGCAGGAUUACGGCAUUGUUUCUGGAAGCACCAUUCAUAUGACCCUCCGUCUGCGUGGAGGCUGAUGGGACUAAAACACUUGGAGAUCAUUUUAGCCUAAAAAAAUAAUUUAAUGUGAUUCCUUUUGUAAUGUCUGUUACUUUCUAAUUGCACUCAAUUGGUUCUCCUUUUCAGAUAAUUUUUUUCUGCAGUAUUCUUUCUUAUUCCAGUAUCCAACUUUCCAAUAUUCAUUCAAUUGUAUUACAUUUGCUUGCUUCAACAGUUACAUUUUUGCGUUUAGAAUAUUUAAUUAGCACAUAGUAGAAAUAAUUUAAGAGUAAUGUAAAAUAUAUAUAUUUUUUAAUUUUUGUGUAAUUGCUAUCUGGGCAAACACUCAGCUGUUAAAAGAUUACAGUAAAAUGUGAUACAAUUACUGAUUUUAAAUUGUUAAUUACUUGCUGUAAUACUAUAAAAGAUUAAAUUAAGUGUGAUAGUUUAUUUUGUUAUGGGUCUUGUAAGUGAAUUAAUUUAAUUUCAAUUUAAAUACAUAUAUUUAUUAAAAUGUCUGAAUUGCUUUGCCUUGAUUUUUUUUGUAAAGCUCUGGCAAUGACACAAGAUAGAUAUUAGUUAUAAAAUUAGAUUAGUAAUGUUAAUAAGCUGAUUAUAACUUAGAUAUUUAUAUAAUAUAAGAUUAUAUUAUUACAUUACAUAUUAUAGCAAUAUGUUCCAUUAUAGUUAUAACUAGUUACACUCUUACAUUAGUUUACAUAUACUUUAUUUUCUUUAUCUAGAAACCUUAUAAAGUCCAGGUUUAUUACUCAGUGACAUGAAACUAACAGUAAGUACAGAAUAAUAAGACAUACCAAUGUGUCCUAGUAAGUAAAAGAUUAAUCACCACAAGUUUAACAAACAGAAAUCUCAGGAAUUUUGAAUUUUUUUCUGAAUCGGAAUUUCUGUAAAACUGUUUGCAGAUUCUGUUGAUUGUCAAAAGUGCCAUACAAAUAAAAAUAAAAUAAAUCAAGCUGAAUUGAAUUUUAACAACA